GCUCGCCGGGCAUGGCUCGCUCCAGGACCCCGAGGGCGUCCUCCGGCAGAGUGAUUGCUUACUCAUUAAAGAUGGACGAAUUAUCAACGAUGACCACUCCUUCUAUGCAGAUGUGUACGUGGAAGAUGGACUUAUAAAACAAAUUGGAGAGAAUUUGAUUGUUCCUGGAGGAGUGAAAACUAUUGAGGCAAACGGCUUGAUGAUUAUUCCAGGGGGUAUUGACAGCAAUACCUCUCUGCAGAAGUCCGUUCAAGGUUUAGCAGCAGUUGAUGACUUCUAUCAAGGGACGAAGGCUGCUCUGGCCGGAGGCACAACCACAGUCAUUGACCAUGUCCUUCCAGAACCUGGCUCCAGUUUAUUAACUUCAUUUGCAAAGUGGAAAGAGGCAGCAGAGAGCAAAUCUUGUUGCGAUUACUCUCUCCAUGUGGAUAUCACCGACUGGUAUGAUGGAAUCCGGGAAGAACUCGAAAGUCUGGUGCAAGAGCAAGGUAUUAAUUCUUUCCAAGUCUACAUGGUCUACAAAGAUCUUUACCAAAUGACUGAUUGCCAGCUCUAUGAAGCAUUUACAUUUCUGAAAAGUCUUGGAGCUGUUAUCAUGGUGCAUGCGGAAAAUGGGGAUUUGAUAGCUCAGGAGCAAAAGCGGGUGCUUGCAAUGGGAAUAACAGGGCCAGAAGGACACGCUUUGAGCCGGCCUGAGGAGCUUGAAGCAGAAGCUGUAUUCCGGGCUAUCACUAUAGCUAGUCGGAUCAACUGUCCCGUCUAUAUCACCAAGGUUAUGAGUAAGAGUGCUGCUGAUGUAAUCUCACUGGCUAGAAAGAAAGGUGCUCUGGUAUUGGGGGAACCAAUCACAGCCAGUCUGGGAACUGAUGGGACUCAUUAUUGGAACAAGAAUUGGGCUAAGGCUGCAGCGUUUGUGACCUCACCACCUCUGAGUCUGGAUCCUACGACACCUGAUCAUUUGACGUCACUUUUAGCAUGUGGUGACCUGCAGGUGACUGGAAGCGGCCACUGUACUUACAGCACGGCCCAGAAGGCUGUUGGGAAAGAAAAUUUCACUCUUAUUCCAGAAGGAGUUAAUGGAACUGAAGAAAGAAUGACGGUCGUCUGGAAUAAAUGUGUUUCUACAGGUAAAAUGGAUGAAAACCAAUUUGUUGCCAUUACUAGCACUAAUGCUGCCAAAAUCUUCAAUCUGUAUCCACGAAAGGGCAGGAUUGAGGUUGGUUCUGAUGCUGAUCUUGUGAUCUGGGAUCCUGAGAAGGAGAAGACAAUCACAGCAAAAAGUCAUAAAUCGGCUGUUGAAUAUAAUAUUUUUGAAGGCAUGGAAUGCCGUGGGGCUCCCCACAUAGUUAUUAGCCAAGGGAAGAUUGUGUUCGAGGAUGGAAAUCUUUCUGUGAGAAAAGGAGCGGGCUGUUUCAUCCCUCGAAACCCUUUCCCUGAAUAUCUUUAUCAACGGAUCAAAACUAGGAAUAAGGUAGCAGAAUUACAAGGUGUUUCUCGAGGAAUGUAUGAUGGGCCAGUCUAUGAGGUUUCAGCAACUCCUGCAAAAUACACAACACCUGCCCCAUCAACUAAAACGUCACCUGCCAAAAACCAGCCUCCACCAAUCAGAAACCUCCAUCAGUCUAAUUUCAGUUUAUCAGGUGCUCAGGCAGAUGACAACAACCCACGCCGCACGGGACACCGUAUUGUGGCACCCCCUGGAGGCCGCUCCAACAUCACGAGUCUCGGAUGAGCGGAGAUGGAAAUCGGAAGCAAAGAAUGAAGUGAACGAUCUUAGUUCUCCUCUGCGUCUGUGUCCCUUAGCCCACAUUUCAUCCAUUGCUAUGCGAGAAAAAAUUAUUUGUCCCAAGAAAUAGUGUCAUAGUGUGAAGUGUUUGCUUGGAAUGAAUCACCUCGGUUGUGUUUGCCAUCUUAAAGCAUGAUCCCCCCAGUGCUGCUUGUAGCUUUGCUUGCGAUAGAGGUGCUGCUUCGCGCCUUCCCGCCCCUCUUCCUCCCGUAGCCGUGCUAGACUAGGCGAUGCAUGUUACUUGGAGCAAGCUGCGGUUUGUGAGUCUACCUUAGAGGCAACCCUGCCGCCUGCCCCGUUCGAUUAGACGCAAGGCCAAGGCGUGAAGUUCCGUUAAAGGGAGACGACUGUGGACGUCUUACAAAUAUGCAGUAGAAUUUUUGUGGGUGUACAUUUUUAUUCAUUACAGACCCGAUGAAGAAUAGCGGGGGGCCGAUAGGCUGCGAUCUUCUCAGUCAAUUCAAACCCUUGUCCGACUUUAGGAAAAGCCAUUAUUUAAUCCACGGGGCGAGCGUAGAGGAUUUCCACAUACGGUCGCCUUUGCAUAACAGUUUUGGUACUUGUAAACUGUUGGGUUUUUAACGUUUUUGUACAGAGGGUUUUUUUUCUCCUUUAUAAGUCACGUCCAUUUAUUACAAUGUGUCAGAUUUCGUAGUUGUGGCUCAUUUUUUUAAGACUUGUGAAAUAAAAAAACAUGAAGCGCUUUGACUCCUUUUUCUUCUAGUUCCUCAUCAACACAGUCGCCCUCCAAUACCUCGCGCUCAGACCUGGCAGGAAUUAAACAGCUCCUGAGGGACUGGCCGGGGGCGGCGGGCCAGAACCGUUCCCCCGGAGGUCCGCGGCGACGAAAAAGUAACUUCGCGACCGACGCCCGCACUUACGACCUUCGCGGCGCCUCUGUCACGUGGCCCCUUCCCGCCCCCCCGCAGGCCGGAGGGUCUGGGAGGGGAUUGCGAGGGGGGAGGGGGCAGGGUCCGGCCGGGGCCGCCCGCGCCCCCCUUUCCAGGGGUCGGCCUCUCCCUCGCCCGCAGCCCCUUCCUCGCCCACGGACGUCAGGGCGAGCACGGCCCUCUCCUCGCCGCUCUCCCGGCGCCGGGCGAGCCUUCCCGUGGGGAGCGCUGCGGAGCGCGCCCUUCCGCCCGGCGCCCUCGGGAGCCGAGCUCCCCCCCGUGCGGCGCGGCCACAAGUCGCGGGCGGGCCCG